GCCAUGGAGACCACUUGUACACUUUGCCCGUCUCCUCCGGCCUGUCCUAAGUGGGGGGUCCGCAGGCUGGGCCAGCACCCACGAGCGGGCCCAUGAGCACAGGGACCCCAAGGACGCUGGCUGUGGAAAGGGUGAAAUUCUUCUGUGAGCACCGUGGGGAGGUCAAUUCCUCCGCCUUAUCUCCCAACGUCCAGACACUGCUCACAGCCUCGGAGGAUGGCUGUGUGUAUGGCUGGGAGACCCACAGCGGACGACUACUGUGGCGGCGGGGUGGCCACACAGGCCCCGUGAAGUUCUGCCGUUUCUCCCCGGAUGGCCGCCUCUUUGCCAGCACCUCCUGUGACUGCACCGUCCGCCUGUGGGAUGUAGCAGAAGCCAAGUGUCUGCAGGUCCUGAAGGGUCACCAGCGGAGUGUGGAGACGGUCAGCUUCAGCCCUGACUCGAAGUGGCUGGCAUCAGGUGGCUGGGACAAGCAGGUGAUGCUCUGGGAGGUGCAGUCUGGCCAGAUGCUGUGCCACUUAGCAGGGCAUCAAGAUUCCAUCCAGAGCAGUGACUUCGCACCCAACUCAGAAAGCCUGGCCACAGGUUCCUGGGACUCCACCAUCCGUAUCUGGGACCUACGAGUGGGGGCUCCGGCAACGGUCCACAAGGAGCUGGAGGGCCAUAGAGGCAACAUCAGCUGCCUCUGCUACUCAGCAUCUGGCCUCUUGGCAUCCGGCUCUUGGGACAAGACCAUUCACAUCUGGAAGCCCUCCACCGCAAGCCUGCUUGUCCAGCUCAAGGGCCACAUCAGCUGGGUGAAGAGCAUAGCUUUCUCCACUGACGAGCAGCAGCUGGCCAGCGUCGGCUAUUCCGGAAUGGUCAAAGUCUGGGACUGCAACACAGGAGAGUGCGUGGAGACCCUGAAGGGAGUUCUGGAUGUGCCCCACACCUGCACCUUCACCCCUGAUGGGAGACUCUUAGUGUCCGGAGCUGCUGAUGGCUGAUGGGCAACAUGCCAGGUCCACUGCGAUCCAGUCACCCACAAUGUAACCUAUCGCCGGAUGCAUCAACGCGGACAAAGGCACUUGGGUCACAAACCCCUCCUCUUCCUGCCCAGGGCAGAACGAGCCCAUGAAAGGACAGGUACAGGCCCUGUACCAUGCCACAGGCCAGAGAAACCCUAGCAGGUCCCCGCCCCACACAGGGCGCUGGAGAGGCAGGCUGGCCUGGGGACAGAAGAAGGCCCCUCCGAGCCACCUGCCCGUGCAGUACAAACCAAUGCACAAAGC